UUCCAAAAGAUAUAACUGGAUAAAAUGGACCAACAGAACCUGACAAUGCUACCUGAAUUUAUUCUACUGGGAGUCACCAGGCACCUUGAGCUACAGGGUCCCCUUUUUGGGGUCUUCCUCCUCAUCUACACGGUCACAGUGGUGGGCAACCUGGGCAUGAUCAUCCUCACCAAGGUGGACUCCCACCUCCAGACACCUAUGUAUUUCUUUAUCAGACACCUGGCUUUCAUAGAUCUUGGCAACUCCACUGUCAUUUGUCCCAAGAUGCUGGUAAAUUUUGUUGUGGAGGAAAAUGCCAUUUCCUAUUAUGCCUGUGCCACACAGAUGGCUUUCUUCAUUAUGUUCAUUAUCAGUGAAAUUUUCAUGUUGUCAGCCAUGGCCUAUGACCGCUAUGUGGCCAUCUGUAACCCUCUGCUCUACAGUGUUAUCAUGUCUCAGAAACUUUGCAAUAUGCUUGUGGGGGUCCCCUACCUUUACAGCACUUUUCAGUCUCUGUUGAUCACCAUUAAGAUUUUUACAUUGACCUUUUGUGGUUCUAAGGUCAUCAGUCACUUUUACUGUGAUGAUAUACCUUUGUUACCCAUGCUGUGUUCAAAUGCAAGAGAACUAGAAUUGUUGAUCAUAGUAUUUUCGGCAUUUAAUUUGAUUACCUCCCUCCUAGUAAUCUUAGUGUCCUAUAUGCUGAUCCUAAUAGCCAUACUUCAAAUGCAUUCUCAUGAAGGAAGGAAAAAAGCUUUCUCAACAUGUGGUUCUCAUCUGACAGUGGUGGUUGUGUUCUAUGGGACUCUCCUAUUUAUGUAUGUGCAGCCCGUAUCUGGUCAUUCUUUUGAAACUGACAAAAUGACCUCGGUAUUUUAUACUUUAAUUAUCCCUAUGCUUAACCCCCUGAUUUAUAGCUUAAGGAACAAAGAGGUAAAGAAUGCCUUCUCUAGGAUCUUUAAAAAUAUAUGCAACCUUUAUAUUUAA